AUGCCGACCUACGACGAAAUCCGCUCCGCAACAGAGAGCCUCGACAGCGGUGGUGGGCGAUGGGAUACAGAACGCUUUACACGUGAACGUGACGAGCGCAUUUACCGUGGUCCGGCACCGGCUCCUCUUAGAGAAAGGUCACGAUCUAGACCACCUCCUCCACCGCCUGAAUUCGACCGCCGUCGCCCCGGCGGAUUCGAUGACCGCUUUGAGCGCCGCGUCGUUGAGGAAGAUCGAUAUGGUCUACCCGGUCGUCGUAGAGAACGCUUCGUUGAAGAAGAUGAUUACUAUGCUGCACGUGGUUCGGGACCAUUGGUACAUCGUCGAGAGCCAUCGCCUUCUUUUCGUCCUCCGCGAUUAGUGAGACGUCAAUCUUCCCUGGAUACAUUUGACAGAUUGCCGGCACGAAGGAUUGAGCGGGUUCCUCCUCCGCCCGUGAGAGGAUUUCGUGGUGGUCCACCGAGGCGAUCAUCCCCUCCUCGAUUUGUUGGGCGCGAUGAGCUUUACGAGGAAAUCGAUAUUGCGGAACCGGAUGAAUACGGUGACGAGGAGUUUCGGCAUUUCCGUGAACGCGAGAUGAGGCGUCCUGUUAGAGAGGAGAUUGUCAAAGAAAGGAUUAUCGAGAAGGAGAAGCCGUACCCGCGAAAGGGUAAGACGAAGAUGCCUAAGCGAUUGGUGCACCCCCGCGCAGUGCAGCAGCUUGGGUAUCCAUAUAUCGAAGAGGAUCGGGUUAUCAUUAUUCAAAAGGCUCUUUCUAAAGAACUCAUUGAUGAAAUUGUAACUCUGAGCAAGGAAAUAAGACGUCGAUCAGAAACUGUCUACCGAACGUAUAGAUCUCCUUCACCACCACCCGUACGCGAACGAGAACUAGUAGAACGGGUUGUCAUUGCAUCACCUUCACCACGACGUUCUGAGCGGCUAUACGUUGAACGAUCCCCAUCGCCAGUACGUGCCGAACGUCUCAUCGUAGAGCAUUCUCCAGCACGCACGGAACGCCUCGUCGUGGAACACUCUCCGGCGCGCACAGAACACUUGAUUGUUGAACGAUCGCCCUCUCCGCUCCGUUACCGUAGCCCUUCACGAGUCCGUACCAGCCGUUACCUAGAACGUCCAGAUAUCAUCGAAACCCGGCCUCGAUCGGUAUCCGUCAAUUUACCUCAACGUUCUUCUGAACCGGUCAUCGUCGAACGCCGAGAUGAUUCAGCCGGACAGGUUGUCCUCGUUGAGCGACCUCGUCGUACCGAGCUUGACGUAAGCGAAGAAAUCCGGAUGCUGGAGGAUGAGAGAAGGAUGCUCCAGAUUGAACGUCGUCCUGAGCACGUUGGCUCUGUGGAUAUUAUCAGGGACAAGGUCAUUCGCCGAAGCGAUGGUGAGACUGAUGAGAUUAUUGAAGUAAACAAAAAUAGGAGAGCUCCUGACUCACGGCUUAUUCGUGCUAUGAUGGCGACAUUGACGUGAGUACGCUUCGGUCAUUGUUGUCGAUAGUUGAUAUAUCGAGUCACCUAUUGUUUCCAUAUCCGUUAUUUCCAUGGCGUUAUCUGGUUGAAUUCAAGUUCUCGGCAAUGCAACGAUAUAAUGAUUGAUGUUGAUAUGGUAUCUGAGGAUAUGAAAGAUAUGGUCUUGUAUCCAUGCAUGAUGCACUCCAAGUUAUGAUUAGUCUGUUCUUCCCUCCAAGUAUGCUGUAACACCCAUGUAUGUAUGUAUAGACAAUAGACUCAUUCAAUGAUUCUU